UAUUUGAAGUACCAAAUGGGACCUAAACACUUGCCGACGUCUGUUGUUGUACCGAUAACGAUAGUGUAUGUUAUUAUUUUUAUAAUGGGAAUUGUGGGAAAUAUAAUGACUUGUUGGGUUAUCUUGCGUAAUCCCGUAAUGCAAACAGCCACAAACUAUUAUUUGUUCAGUUUAGCUAUUUCCGAUUUAUUGCUACUCGUUCUCGGACUGCCGUUCGAGCUGAGUGUCUUUUGGCAGCAGUAUCCGUGGGAGCUGGGCUGGGGUCUCUGUAAAAUACGAGCGUAUGUAUCGGAAACGUCUUCUUACGUAUCAGUAUUAACGAUAGUGGCUUUCUCUAUGGAGAGAUACCUGGCAAUUUGUCACCCUCUACAUCUUUAUGCGAUGAGUGGGUUGAAGCGACCACUAAGAUUCAUCCUGGCGGCCUGGCUCCUGGCUAUGAUCGCAGCCAUCCCGUUUGCCGUUUACACUAAACUCAAUUACGUUGAGUACCCGCCUGGAAGUGGACGAGAUUCUGAAGAAUCAGCUUUCUGUGCCAUGUUGCUACACAACAUGCCGGACUUUCCAUUGUACGAAUUAAGCUGCUUGAUAUUCUUUUUGAUACCUCUGGUCCUCAUAAUGGUACUUUACAUACGCAUGGGUCUCAGAAUACAAAGCACCACUUUGGGACGCAGCAUUGAAGGUACAGUUCAUGGGGAAACAAGACAAGUCCAGUCACGGAAAGCCAUCAUCAGGAUGCUCAGUGCAGUAGUGGUUACAUUUUUUAUCUGUUGGGCGCCAUUUCACGCCCAGCGUCUACUUUACGUGUACGAUUCAAAGAGACUACUCGGUGCGAUUAAUGAGUGGCUGUACUUUCUCGGCGGGUGUCUUUACUACAUAAGCACCGCGAUAAAUCCAAUUUUAUACAAUGUUAUGAGCGCUAAAUACAGAGGGGCAUUUAUGGAAACCUUGUGCUGCACGGCACAUACCAAUAAUCACUUGAACAGAGACGACCAGAGCAGCGUCAAGGAAACGAUGAUUUAUCGCUGUGGGUCAAUGAGAAGUUCACAAAUUGCGCGGGGACGCACUCGCAGCAUGAGGUACCACCUGGACAACUCGAGAGACGAUCAAAAUCACUACCUACAACACGAAAGAUUCGUAAACAACCUCACGGUCAUGAAUAAUUUCAACGAAAUUCCCAUUGAAACGAGAAAGCUCUCGACAGUUAUUCACUCGAGCAACGGCCGUGCUAAAUGUAGAGCAUCUGAAAAAAAUAAUCUACUGGACGAAACUCACAUUUGAAAUAUAUUUAAAGCUGGAUUAUUUUUACUGAAAAUCUAUCAUCGUUAACUGUGAUUAA